AUGACGUCUAAGGAGCUUCCAUAUGCCUCCAAUUUCGUACAUCGCCAUACUGAAACUCAUAAGGUUUCCCUUAAAUUUUCGGAGGAGCAAAGUCUUCCUGGGUCUAUGGUGAAUCUCCAUAUCAGCGCUCACCCAAACUCCAUGUGCAGUGUCCGAGCAGUGGAUAAGAGUGGCAAGCUCCUGAAAUCAGAAGAGAGACGCUCGGAGGACAAUGUGAAUCAAUUCUUAAAAGAAUGGGAUACAGAAGGUUACCCUAUAGAGAUUGAAGAGCUUCAGGAGUGUCCACUCGGUUCUUCUCCUGUUUUUGUAGAAGCUUCAGAACAGCCUGAUAUAUUCAGUCUUUUUGAGCAUUGUGGGAUCAAAACCUUAACCAACUUCGCAAUACGGAAGCCGCUGGAGUGUGAAUUGCAGGGCCCAGAAAUAUUACAGAAUUUCGCUAAAUCAAAAAUGGUAUUUCCUGGAGUCAAAAAAGAUGCACCACCGCAAGAAAACGUGCGCAGAAGAUCCCCAACUACCUGGAUAAUGAACUUGAUGCUAAUAGGAUCCACUGGUGAACUGGACUAUCCAGUCAAAACUCCAGACACCAUCACCCAGUGGAAUGUAGAGGCCUUCUGCACAUCAACCAUUGGUCUUGGCUUUUCACCCCAAACUUAUCUUCAAGUGUUUAAACCAUUCUCUCUGGAGAUGAUCACACCAUACUCAGUUAAACAAGGGGAGACUUUCGUGCUGAAGGCAAAUGUCCUCAACUCCAUGAGGAGGUGUAUGAAGGUCCAGGCAACUUUGUACCAGUCAAAAGACUUUCAAGUGGAACCAUGUGAAGGUUGCUUGUACAAUGCCUGCCUCUGCAGUAAGCCAACCUACACCUUUACCUGGAACAUCAUAUCCUUAACUCUGGGCUCUAUUAAUAUCAGCGUUAGUAUAGAGGCAUUGAGCACUAACGAUCUAUGUGAUGGACAGAAGCCUAUGGUGCCUAAAAGAGUACAGUCAGACAUUGUGCAGAGGCGCCUUAUAAUUGAGCAAAAUGGAGUACCAGAGAAAAAGACACACAGUAUUCUCCUAUGCGCUUUUGAGUUGGACACAAUUCUCCUGGACCUUCCAGAAAACGUUGUGCUUGGAUCUCAGUCAGCAAAGGUUACUGUUACAGGUGAUAUCAUGGGAAAGCCAUUAGACAACUUGAAUAACCUUGUGUUGCUGCCAUUUGGCUGUGGAGAGCAGAACAUGAUGUUACUUGGCCCUAUGAUAGCAGUUAUAAAUUACUAUAGUACCACAGGGCAACUGACUGAUGAGAUUGUGGCUAAAGCAACCGAAUUCAUGGAGACUGGAUUACAGAACCAACUUAAUUACAAGCAUACAGAUGGAUCCUACAGCGCCUUUGGGAACAGUGAUCCAUCUGGAAGUACAUGGCUGACAGCAUUUGUAGCACGGAUAUUUUUUAUGGGUCUGAAAUACAUCCAUAUAGAAUACCGACACAUCACAGAAGCUCUGGACUGGCUGAAGGGGCAGCAGCGAAGCAAUGGCUGCUUCAAAAGUGUAGGUCAAAUAUUUCCCAAGGAGCGUCAGGUAAGAGAGGACAACAUGAUCACUCUCACUGCAUUUGUUUCUUUAACAUUCCUAGAAGUAGGAGAUCCACAAUACGAUGAGGUAAUCGAGAAAUCAAAGCGAUGUCUGGAGAAAUGCACUGAUGCACAAAGCUCAACCUACACGAAGGCACAAUGUGCAUACGCUUACACUCUGAUGGGUGACACAGAGAAGAGAACACGACUUUUGGAGCAGCUGGAUCAAGUGGCCAUAAAGAAAGAUGAUAUGACACAAUGGUCCCAAAAUUCUGAGAUCCCUUCAGAUGACCCAUUACGGUCCAAGCCAAACUCUGGAAAUGUGGAGACCACAGCAUAUGUUGUGUUGGCCAUGGUGUCAGGAACCAACCCAACCAAAACGGAUCUCGGGGCGGCAGUGCCUGCAAUCCGCUGGUUAAAUUCACAGCAAAAUAGCAAUGGAGGAUUCAUUACCACUCAGGACACAGUAGUUGCUAUCUUUGCAAUGUCUAAAUAUGGCUCCUUAACGUUCGUCUAUGAAAAUAUGCCGACCGUCACCAUUACCAAUGACAAAGGGUUCAGUGAAAACGUGACAGUGAAUCCCCAGAACCCGACUGAAGUGAAAGUUGUGGACUUGCCUGACAUCCCAGCAGAGUACACUCUGGAAGCAUCGGGAAGCGGAUGUGCAUAUGUGCAGAUUAUUAUAGGAUACAAUAUUCUGAAUCCAGAGCCAGAAAAGUCAUUUAUGCUUGAUGCUGUAACCUCAGCAAUUGAGUGCCCCCCUCACCCUGCGCCAAAAUUCAGCAUAGGAAUCAGUUUCAGUUUAAGUGAUGCACGUGAAGAUGAAGCUUCUAACAUGGCCAUCAUAAUUGUAAAAAUGGUGUCUGGAUUUGUCCCUGUAAAAAGGUCUGUAAAUGCGCUCUUAGCCAACAGCGUGGUGAAGAAGGUGAAAAGCAGCCCGGCUGACGUGACGAUCUAUCUGGAAAAGAAAUGA